GUGAAAACCAUCAACAGUCCAUCGGUUAACAACGUCUGUCCAUUUUGUUCAUUUCUUAUUCAUGCAUUGACACAGACGCUCAUUACAGCACGAGGUUUGAUAUGGAGAUGUGUUUCAGAAUAUCUCUGAUGUUUCUGCUCAUGACUGCUGAUGUUGAUGGUCAGCAGGUUUGGGGAGUGAAUUACAGCCCUUCAUAUGUUUGUGCAUUAAGAGGAUCAACAGUGAAAAUAACCUGUACUUUAAAAUAUCCAUCUGGCCAUGUGGUGAAUAAAGCCUUCUGGACAAAAGUAGCAUAUACAGGUACACCUUAUGCAGAACCACCUGAGCUGUGUUUGGACCCAGAAAACAGAAGAGGAGUUCAGUGUCACGUUCAAGACACUCACAGCAUCACUUUGACAGAUGUGACAGAAGCUGAUAAACACAUCUACUACUGCAGAUUUACAACAGAUAAAGGUGGUAAAUAUACAGGAGUUCCUGGAGUUCAGCUUGUUGUCACAGACCUGCAGGUGGAGACAAAUCAUCAGAGAGUGAAAGAGGGAGAUUCAGUGACUCUUACAUGUAAAACCACCUGCAGUCUGACUGAAGAAACAACAUUCAUCUGGUACAGAAACACACAGAGAUUCACUAAAGGAAGAAUUAAAUUGAAUCAACUUCACCUGCAGUCAGUCAGUCGUGAUGAUUCAGGAGUUUAUAGAUGUGCUGCUGCUGUAAGAGGAUCUGAACGUCUCUCAUCUCCUGAUUUUUAUUUUAAUGUUGAGUGUAAGUACUCACUGAUUCAUUAA